AUGGUUGUUGAAAAGGGAAACAAGAUCUUCAUUCCUGCUGAUCAGCUUACCGCUGUUGAGGUCAAGGUUGAGUGGUCUAAGAGCCUUACCAACUACUCUGAGCAGUACUACACUGUUCCCUUCUUCAACAAAGACCAGAGCAAUGAGGAGAGCGUCAUCUUCAUCCAGAAGAGCUAUCUCGAAGCUCUGAAGAGCAAGAGGGCUCCUGGAGAUGACUUGACCAUCAUUGUUGAUGAUUCUUUCCAGUAUGGCCAGAACAAGGAGAAGACCAAGCGAUGGUUGGCCUUCCACAACAAGAAGAACGAAGCUUACCAGUGGCGCUUUGUUGAAGGUCUCAAGUCCAAGCUAGGCCAGGCUGCUCUCAAGUUUGCCAAUGGCUUCUUUCCCAGCAUCGACUUGGGCAUGCUCAAGCUUCUCUUUGGCGACUACCUCCACAACUUUUAA